UUCUCACCCACGGGCACUGCCUUUUCCCAAAAGGCGGAAAGAUGGGGCAGGAGGCGGAUGCGGAUGAGCAGCUGCAGCGGCGGCUCCGGCGGGUGUUCGCUGCCGAGGAGCGGUCGUUCCGCAUGGAUCGGCGCUCGCCGGCCGCUGCUGACCUCCGCUCCGCCGUCGCCGACGUGCUCCCCCGAUUCCUCGGCAACUACUCCGACGAGACCCUCGCGGAGUACAUUGUAAUUUUAGUUUGUAAUGGGAAACAUCAGUAUCAAGCACGCGAUGAUUUGGAGGCCUUUCUUGGUGAUGAUAGUGCAAAAUUUGUUGCAUGGCUUUGGGGUUACCUAAGCAAAACGGCUGUAGCACUGGCUGAUGAUUCUAGCGUGGAACAUAGGCUGGAAAAUGAAAGUCAGGACCGGAAUGACAAGAAAAACCUUCUGGUCACAAAAACCCAAUCCGGAGAGGCUCAUAUUGUAAACUCAAAUAUCUUAGUACCACAAGAGCAUAAUGGCCUUCACAAGCUUGAUUUAACUAAAGGCCAAAAUGUGGCUCAGCGACGCAUUAGUUCAACUGUUAUCAUUUCCCCUAAAAUGUUGGCUGGUGACGAAUGUUAUUGGGAGGGCCAGCAUCAGAAGAAAGAUUGGAGUUCAACAGGUGGCAGAAGUUCUUCCAUGCGGCAGUCUGGUGUAGCUGCAAAGACUGAACAUACAUUGAUGCAAGAGGAACCCCAUGAUGAGCAUCUUGGUGGAAAUUCCUCCACAAGACGUUUUCCUGUGGCCGUGGGAACUGAUGAUGGUGAAGUGCCAGAAUCCAUGAGAAGGCCCCGCAAUGUUUGGGACAGGCUAGGGAAGCCUGCUACGGAGGAUCAAGGUUUACCUACAGAAACUGACAACAUGCAUGUUGAAAACAUAAUGCAUAAGAAGGCCAAGUUAAUGGUGUCUGAGCAUGAACGAAGAUGCCUUGUUAACUCAAGUACAGAAGGCGAUUUAUUUGACAGAGCAAAUUCUGGAAACUUCUCCAGUAGUUACCCAGAUGUCAAUACAGCACAUGCACAUGAGCCCAGGGAGAAAUCCAACAGAAGCAGGCUGACCGGUCGGUUGAAUUUUGGUGAUGUGGAGCGUAAUCGUCAUCAAGUUGGAGAUGUUAUUAGCCAGAAGUCUACUUCAACACUGCCAGUGAAAAGUUUUGGUUCACAAAGUUUGAAUGAGUUCACAUCCGAGGUGAAGAGCUCACCUGCAUCAGUUUCUGAACCAGCACGGCAUGCAAACUCAUUAAAAGGACAUGUAUCAGCAUCUGACAAAUUGUCCCAGUUAAAUAUGCGGCUAAAUUCAGGAACUGAUGUUUUGCAAAGUCAGCAAAUUAGCAGCCCUGCACAGUCCAAGAGUGGGUCUUCUGUUCGUGAAGAUGGUGUCAAUUACAGUAACAAACCAGUAAAAGAUGAGAUGUUGGAUGUGAAACUAAAGCUAAAGCAGGUGGAACUAGACAUGCUCAAGCUUCGCUCCAAGCAGGCGCAGAUAAACAAUGGGAAGCAAGGAGCCCUCCCAUCAGGGCCCCAUUCGAAUUUAGAGGAGGAUGCCGAUGCCAGAACUGUUCUUGUGACAAAUGUGCAUUUUGCGGCAACCAAGGAAGCAUUAUCAACACAUUUUAUGAAGUGUGGGACUGUGCUUAAGCUCAAUAUGUUGACAGAUGCAAUUACUGGCCACCCAAAAGGGGCUGCAUUUGUUACUUUUGCUGACAAGGAAUCUAUUGGGAGGGCCCUAUCUUUGAGCGGGACGUCGUUUUACUCUAGAGUUCUCACAGUAAUGCGGAAAGCAGAAGCACCUCCUGGAUUUUUGGCGUCUAUUCAGCAGAUUGGGAGGCCGCUGCCAUGGAACUCGCCACCAUUCCAGAAAGGGGUUAGUCCGAAGCAGUCCUCUGGUCAUCAUCUCCAGUGGAAACGCGAGCAGUCUGUCAUGGAAAAUUCCCCUGCCAAUUGCCCUACUGACUGAAUCUAAGGCAGCGCUUAAGAAUCUAAACCUCACCAAUGGACAUAGCUUUACUGGAUCAGGUCUGGGCAAGAUGUUAUCUUUGGCACCUCUUUAUCCUCAGAAUCACUAUUACUGCUGUUCAAACAUCCACAGGCUUUAGUUCUACCAGAUUUUAUUUUAUUUCUGAUGAGGAAUUACAGGCUUUCUUUGCUGCCGGGGUCUGGAACUCGAGGUGAAACGGGAAUUGGUUGCAACCCUAACUGGAGCUAUAGUCAAGAUUCUUUUAUCGGAUAUGUGUGCUAUGUGUCUAGACCCAUUCAGAAUAUAUGUGAUCCUCAGGAUCAUAGUUGCCGCUCUUGUUGAAUAUGCUAGUGGCAAACUGGCAAUAUGAAAUGUAGUUACGGUUCGAUGAACAUCUUGAGAUGAUGAGCUAGUACAUUUGAAUGGAACUGUCAGCGUUGGCCAGCCUUUUGUUGAA